AUGAAGAGACCCACAGCAGCAUCAUAUCUGACAUCUAGUGCACCUGCACCAUCUACUGCAGCCAGUAGUUGUCAGCCUAAUCCUCAGAUGAUCCAGCAGUCAGUGAAUGCUGCCCAAAGGAAGUCAAGCAUUAAUCCUCCUCCUGUUGUGGCAGUUCCUGACUGGAUUAAUGCCACUAUGGGUCCACUGCCAAUCUCUCACCACCAUGCAAUCACUGGCCCUGAUGUAGUUAUCCCUACAUCUUGGCAGGGGUUAGCAGCAGUGCCAAUACCAUCAAGGCUUACCAAUGCUAUUGGAUAUUCAUUGCACCAUAAAUCUCAUAUACAGGAGAAUGUCUCAGAUGGGCUAAAGCUGCCUAUGCUAAUCCUGAUUUCAGCUGUUCAUGAGGCAGGGGGGCACAAGAAAUCAAGAGACAUAUCAAUUGGAAAUAUCUGUGAAGGCAAGAAGGACAUUGAUGCCUACAUUGAUGCUCCAGGUCUUAUCAAUCUUGCUUUAGAGAUGGUGCUUCCUAAGCUAUGUGCUCUUGGUAGCAUAUUUUCAUGGUGUGAUGAGGAGUUCAUUGUACAAGACUCUGGAUGA